UACAUUGUUCUGGGCCUCUGGACCACUGUACAAUAAGGUCUGCAUUCUCCACGUGUUUUCCGGACUGGUUACAUCAUGGCAUGCCAUGAACUAAAAUUUUCAACUGCCUUCUCACUUGUCAGGCGGAACUGUUCAGAAACACGUUUCUCGGUUUUGUCCAUUUUUGUUUCGUUUCGAUUCUGUUAGUUUUUCCGGUGUACCUUUUCCAUUGCAAAGUAAAGAUCGAAAUUGAAAAGCAAUCAAAAAAAAUAUUUCAAAAUCUACGACCCGUGAAUCCCCGUCCUGCACCAGAAAUGUCCACUGCUCCCGUUGCCCACGGAGAAGGCAUAGCGCAACCGUUUCGUAGAUCAUCCCGAUUGGCUAUUCAACAACAGGUGAAAAAAGAGCAGAUUCCUGACGCUGAAGUGUUAAAAUCUCGAGGAUAUCUGUUGGGUCGCCGCAUUGCCAAAGGAACCUUCGCCACGGUUGUGAGAGCCAAGUAUUACGAUCCGAAGGCGGGUGGCGAUGGCUUGCAGACUCCGUUGGAUUUGGCCUGUAAAAUCGUCGAUGAAAGCAAAUCCAAAAACGAGGAUUUCCUGGAGAAGUUUCUGCCGCGAGAGCUGAAAAUUUUGAAACGGAUCAAACACCCCAACAUCAUCCAGCUCCAGGGCAUCAUCCGGAGUGGCUGCCGGGUGUUCAUUUUCAUGCGUCUUGCCGAGCGAGGGGAUCUUCUCAGUUUCAUCCGCAAGUAUGGCGCCCUUCCCGAAGAACAAAGUCGAAUCUGGUUCCAUCAAAUGGCCGAUGCGAUCCGGUAUCUCCAUCGGCUGAACAUCGCCCACAGGGAUUUGAAAUGUGAAAACGUGCUGAUUUCCGAGAGUAUGAACAUCAAACUAUCGGACUUCGGGUUCGCUCGUACGUGCAUCGACGAAACCGGAAUGGCCGUGAUGUCCCAGACGUUCUGCGGGUCGGCUGCUUAUGCUGCGCCGGAAAUCGUAAGCGGCAAGGCUUACACUCCGAAAGCGGCAGAUCUUUGGUCGUUGGGUGUACUUCUGUUCAUAAUGCUUAACGGAACCAUGCCGUUCGACGAGAAACAUCUCAAAAAGUUGGUCAAAAUGCAGCUCGCGAAGCAGUUUGCGUUUCGCCCGGAAGUGGAAAAGGUCAUUUCGCUAGAUGCGAUUCGGAUGGUGCGGCACCUGCUGGAACCCGAUUCGAACACUCGCAUCAACAUUGGCGAAGUACUGCAGGAACGGUGGUUGGAAAAGAUGGUCGUUGCAAAUAAAAAUUAGGGUGAAAUAAGUUGAA